GGUUUGUUUACCUGUCGAAGAGGUGGUGGUCGUCUGCAGGUCGCCCCGCUUACUCUCGCCCCCAUGGCCAGGCACACCGAUCAAAUAAUACAUCAAUGACAUCAGUCAAGGUGUGCCCCUCCACCCCCUCUCCUUCCUCUGGUGGUUACCCUGACGGGGCCCCCUCAAGCCCCGACUCCCCGUCCCCCACAGAGGUGACUAUGAAGGUGGAGGAGGCGGCAGCUGAGGCGCUUCCUGCAGGAGUGCCUGGCCAUGGAUGAACUUGACCAGGAGGACACCCUGCCCUCAACUCUCAAGAAGGAUUCAGAGGAGAGUGAGGACAAGGACAGUAAUGAUGAAAAUCUGGGACGUGAAGCUAACCGAGGCCAGCGUGCCAAGAGACCUCGCAAGAAAUACCAGAAGAUUCAACGCUUGACUCGAAUCUAUACCUGUGUGGACUGUCCUGAGACUUUCUCCCGCCUCAGUCAGCUGCGUGCCCACUCCAGGGUGCACGCCCAGGACCAAGAUGAGAGGUAUGAGUGUGACCUGUGUGAGGAAGUGUUUGAUCGCCUGAAGCGUCUCAUGUCCCACCGUAAGAAGCACCACCGGGCCAGCCUCUCCUGCAAGAUGUGCUCCAGCAAGUUCACACACUACGCUUCCUAUAGGGUUCACAUGCGGGUGCACAAAGGAGAGAAACCGUAUGUGUGCCAGGAGUGUGGGGCAGCCUUUGUGCAGAGUGGCCACCUCAAUAUCCACAAGCGCACCCACACAGGGGAGAAACCUUAUACAUGUGACAUCUGCAAUAGUCACUUCAAGCAGAUCUCACACCUCAAGACUCAUGUGCGAACCCACACACGGGUGAAGCCCUACCAGUGUGACCAGUGUGAGGCAUCUUUCACCCAAAACAGCAGCCUGAAGAGGCACCGACGCUCCCACACAGGAGAGAAGCCAUACAAGUGUGCCUUCUGUGACAUGACCUUUGUGGUGAAGAGCAACAUGCAGCGCCACCUGUACACCCACACGGGGGAGAAGCCCUACCAGUGUGACCUGUGUCCGGCCUCCUUUGGCCAGGCCAUUGACCUCAAACGACACAAGAUCAGCCACACAGGUAUCAAACCCUUCCGUUGUGACCGCUGUGAUGCAGCCUUCAGCCGCAAAAAUAACCUCAAGUGGCAUCAAAUGACACACUCAGGUCAUACACCCUUCAGAUGUGAUGUAUGCCAGGUGGGCUUUUCCUCUCCCGGUGACCUUAAGGUACACAAGCGGGCCCAUGCCCCUCCCAAACCCUUCCGCUGUGACUCAUGCCCAGCCUCCUUCCAGCAGGUGGGGUCACUGGCACGCCACAAAAUGAUCCACACAGGGGAGCGGCCCCUACGCCGGCGACCGGAGCACCGCCCAGGCUCCUUCAAAGAGACAGGGGUGAAGCCGUACUCCUGUGAGGUGUGUGGUGCUGCAUUUUGUGAGAAGAGAAACUUAAAGCGACACAUCAUCUCUCUCCAUGAGGAUGUGCGGCUGGCAGGAAGCAGUCGGUCAAAGGAUAUUGGGGAAGGGGAAGUGGAGGGGCUGGUCAAGUUGCAGCAGGCACCUCUUCCAGCUAAGAGAAGGGAACCAGAGCAGGUGAGCUACACACUGGCCCCUCAGACACCACUGGUUCUGGCACAGCCCCAAGAGGUGGUACAGCAGGUAGUGCAGCAAGAGGAGCCUCCCCAAGAAGUUCCCCAGCAGUCUCUUACAUUACAACAAGUAGUGCUGCAACAGUCCCUCACCAGUGAGGAAGUCCUGGCUGGGACCUCCCCAGCUCCCCAGACUAUAACCACACAAAUGCCCCAGCUAGUCUUGGCCCAAGGUCCUGGCCAGCCUCCUCGCCCUGCUCGGCCAGCCACCACAUGUCAGAACCAUCAUGCCCAUGUCCUCACUUUUAUGGAGGGCAGCUGCAACCAGUGGCAGACAUGGUGCUUCUGUGACCCUCCCACCCCAGGUGAUACUACUCCAGCUCCUGCCCCAACCCUAAGUACCAUCCCUGCAGCAGCUGGAACCAUAAUAGCUACAGCACCAGUUCCUGCACCUUCCCCGCCAGCACCAACUGUGGCAUUGACCACUGCACCCUGUGCCACUCUGGAGCAUCUGGAGGGCCAGAUAAUUCCUGCACAAAUUCAGGUACAAAUCCCCGUCAGUGGUGGACAGGAAGUGGUGCGGGGUUGGCUGGGUGGCUGGGCCAAGUGUUAACCACAGCCCUCUUAGAGUCUACAUUGUAUUUAUUUUGUUAGUUGAUAUCUUUCAAGUUUUAUCCUUUCUUUCCAGAGUUUAAACAUUAAUUAGCAUUGCAAGUGUUAUGGCGAGUGUUGUGCGAGACCAGCGUAGAUUAUUUGCAGCAGUGUUGUUGUCCUGUGUUGUUUAGUGAUACAUAAAGCUUUAAGGCUGUGGUGUGGCAACUGAGGAGAGUAGUCAUCAGGAAAUGAUGCUGGAGUGCCAAGAGUAUCUUAAGAAACUAAAUGUUAAUAGAUUUGUUGAGUCAACUUGUUGCUUUUAUAGUCUGAAUUUUAUAUCCUAAAUUUUAUAAGUUUGUCAUUUAAGUAUUGUAGCAUAAAGUAAUUUAUGAGCAGUGUACUAUAAAGUGAAUUCUUAAGUUUACAUUCCUAGCCAGCAAAUUUUAUUUUCACAUUCCUGUAGAGCAGUGGCUGAUUGAGGUACUUGGCACCACUAACACCUCUCUUGUGGUGUGGUACUCAACAGGGUUUCAUGAUAGAUAAUAUGGAGUGAAGCAUUGGGAAAAUAUUUUCAUUGUAUUUAGUAUUGAAUUGGAGAAGGAAUCAUUCAAAUGAUUUCAUUGUUAUAUUUAGCAUGUAUUCUUGUACAUUAUAUAGGAUUCCCAAUGUUUUGAAGGUAGAUAUGCAAUCAGGGGAAUGUCAGUGUUAUUUCAACAUGUCAGCAGAAUGGGGUGCUGAGCUGAUCCACUGCAACAAAGAGAGGCAAUGCUAGACAUAAGAAAAGUGUACAUUUUGUGUCAACAUUGUAGUACUGUAGUACCUGAAUGUUUAGUCAACACACUGUUUAGUUUAAUUUUAGUCAUUCAUAUGUUAUCUGACUCUCAGCUUUGAGACUGAUCCAUGCAAUUAUAAUUAAGACAGAGUCAACACACACACACACACACACACACACACACACACACACACACACACACACACACACACACACACACACUACAUAGUGUAGUGGUCAGCAAGCUCGGCUCACAAUUGAGAAGAUCCGGGUUUGAAACCCAAAAAGUGGCAAGGCAAAUGGGCAAAUCUCUUAAUGUGUAGCUCCUGUUCAUUUAACAGUAAGUAGCUACAAGAUGUUACCAGAGAGGUGGUGACCUCAUUGUCCCAGUGUGUGGCAUGUGCAUGGUAACAGUCCUACCCAAAGAUUGGUCGCUAUGAACUCUGAGCUCUUUCCAUUGGGAAUGGCUGACAGGGUGACCCAGCAGAUGACCAUAGGUAAAAGAUACAAAUACACACUCAGUGUGUUUUAUUUUUCUGUGUGUGCCACAUAAUGUAAUAAUACUGUUCUUGUUUUCUGAAAUAUCUAACUUUUUAAUACUGAAGGUUAUUUUAGCCCCAUCUUGGUUUUCUAGAUGCAUUUUAUUUUCAGCAUGAAGUCAGAAGAAAAUAAUCAGAGGCUAUUGCAUUCACACCUUAGCAUUACUUUUAUGGCUAUUAACCUACAAUUAUGUCAACAGUGAUAGCUUUUGCUCCUGAUGCCAUUUCAGGUAGCAUUAGGAUGCAUUCAUACCAAAUAAGUAUAGCUCAGUUGAGUUCAUCAUUCCAUCACACCUUAUUGGGUGUGAAACUUAAGAAACACCAAACUAUAGGGCAAUUUCAUUUAUUUGGUUUGAAUGCAACCUGGAGAAGUAUAAAGUUUAAAGAAUAUUAAUUUUAUGAAUGAUGUUUCUAUUUAGUCUUCCAAGUCCAUGAAUGAUGAAAAGUACAAAGUGAAAUGGAAUGAUUGAUGAUGAGUAACUUGAGAAAAAAUCAAGCAGAGGAUAAACCAAGUCCUAGAAUAAAGUAAAUUAUACCAAAAAUAUACAAAUGAAGGUAUGAAGCAAAAAUAUAUUUACAGUUUACUGAAAACUGAUUAAUCUUUCAUACUGAUAAUGUGAGAACUGCAAUUGAAAAGAUCAUGUAAUACAUUAGUAGAUUAUCAGAUGAUUCCAACAGCAGUGUAUAAAUACUGAGAGAGCUUUAUAAUGUGGGUGUAAAUGUAAAUGAGCACCAACUUGAGUGUGACAGGUUUGCUUUCAUGUUCUACUUAUCAUGGUAUGAUCCAUCCACUAUAGAUUCUGGAAUGUCAAAAUACAUAUGAAUGCUGAUUAUUGAAAAGAAAAAUAUGUGUAUUGUAGAUGAAAAAAAUAAUAUACAAAUGGAUGGAGUGCCCAUUUUUCUAGAUGUUGAUUGUUGGAGGCCUUGGAGCAGAGGCUGAGCAAAUCAUAGAUCCAAAAUGCAUUGUACAUUAAUGAUGCUUAUUAAAUUAUAAGACGUAGCACUACAUUUUAUGUUGAUAUAGUGCAUAAUUGAUUGUACCACAUGUUGAGCCAUUAUCCAUAUUCAGAAACCUGUGUUGCACUUUUCAAAAGAUUCUAGUUAAAGCUACUCUGGUUUUUAAUAGUUUUUAUGGUUCUGGUGACAGAUAAUACAGAUAAUAAGAUUUCUACUUUAUUAGAAUGAAAAGCACUCAAGAACUCAGCUAAGAAUCUCUAUAGCAUUGGAAAAGUUGUGGUAAGAGAAUUGAGUAUUUCAAGAUAUAGACCUAUGUACCCCUGUGGCGUGCUUGAGUGUUGUCAGCUUAAGACUUAGUGUUUGGUGAGUGGAAAGAACACAUCACUGUGGUAUAGGACAGGGACGAAAUACAAAUACAACUCACCCCACAAUGCAUUGCUCAUCAUUGCACUUCAUAGGAAUAAUGAAGCAUGAUACUUUGGCUGAGUAUUGUGAUGACAGGUGUAAAAACUUGCUACUGCAUAAGCUGCUUGUGGCUGUGUAUUGGAGCUGUUGGGUUCAGAUCCACAGAAAUGAUGAAUCCAGUACUUCUGGAAAACAUUCAGGGAUACAACUUCACAUCUCCACCUUAUCUGAGUAGUGGAUAAUGACUGAGGUUAGAUAACAAGUGAAGGACUAAGCUUUGUUGUUCUUUAAUGGCCAAAUCUGACAGGUCAGUUUUGGUUUUAAUAUAUUAUGCAUGUGUUUAUAUACUUUUCAGAUGUGUACAAAUGAAAGAUGUGUGUAUGUGUGUGUAGUCUAAGAUUGUUUAAAGAUCUUAUUACAAGCCAUUCAUUAUCCAAGUAUUUGGAAUUAUAUUAUUUAUUAGUUUUUUUUCUAUUGUUAUUCUAUUUCUUUUAUACCUUUUCAAACAUAUAUGAGUAUACUUAUGAAAAUCACUGUCUUUUCUUUCAUUGUCAAUCACUCACCAGGUAGUGUCCCUGGGGCAGACACCCAGUGCAGCAUUCCUCCCACCCAUUCACCAGGCUGGAGAAGAGUUUAUGUGCUACACAGGAAUAACACAAUUUUAAUCCAUCCAUCCAUAAGGUUAACACUACAGCUGAAUAUUUACACAAAAGCAUCUCAUUCAUUAACCUUUCAUAGAUCACAGCAGUGACUGACUUAUGUUCCAGAUUCAUCCUUACUGAUCAUACUAUUUAAAUUUUACUCACCAUUGUCUGUCAGUGAUGGACAUCAUUCAUGUAUUGAAAUGAUGUGCUAGCUGCUGCUGCUGCUGCCACACUUUUUAUCAUGAUCAAACUCCAGUAUUCCUUAUGCCUCAGGUGAGCAGGUCCUGACCCUUAUAUCAGCUGUUAAACUACUAUGACAGCUGGUGGCUGCUAUAAGGCCAAACACUACAGUUUUCUCCUAAGAGUGAAUGUUAUUGCCAAUUCGAAACCUAUCUUGCACAGGCAAGAUUGAAAAUCAUCCGGCCAAAUGCUGUCUUGCUUUUUGUUUUAUACACUCAAAAUUCAUAAAUGUAUAGCAGCUAUAACUGUAUUGUGUGAAUUAUGUCUCCUAGUACAUACAUUAUGGCCAUAAUCCAGAUUUAACUGCAAGGGGGGAAAAGGUCUUGAAUACUGUACAACCAGUGAGUAAAAUACUGGUAACUACAAAGUUACCAAGUGACUGGUGACCAUUUUGUACGUAAGAAAUUCAUUGAACCUACCUCUAAGACAAUAUUGUGUACUUUAAUCUCCCCUCAGUAUUUCUGAAUUAUAAAAUUGCAGAGUUGUAGCAGUAGUAAUGAAUCAUAAGUCCACCAACCUAACCAAUGGGAGGCUAUAAAUUUUGUAUCUCUUUAAUAUACAUAAAUAUAUAUACAGACCAGGUAUGGAAUAAUUCUUCCUCCUGCUACUGUGCACCCAAGCCCUUGUUAGAAUGAAAUUAGACAUGUCUGUUGUGGUCCCUAGUCACAAUGCUUUGUAAAUGCCCAGUGAUAGAAAUAACAAGUAUUUUAUGUAUAUCAAAACUGUUCACUAUAUGGUUGUAUUUUCAUCAGUAUAACCAAGGAACUGUUGGGUAAAUGCCUAUGCACUGUGAUAUUUUCAGCAUAUACAGUAAUGAUGCUUCCUGCUUAAUAAUUGAAAGAUGUGUUGCGUAGGAAUGCUUAGUUUGUUUUUUAUGAAGAAAACCUUGAGAUAAGCCUCAAGGGUCAUGCUGAGUGUGAGUUGUAGUGCUGAUGUCCCUGACCAAAGAUGAAACAUUAAUCAUGCGUGUAGUUACUGUGACUUUGUUUAGCACCUUGCCUUGGCAAUGUGCUUCCUUUAGGUCAAGCCGUAAAGGUAAGUACAUAAUGACUGUCCUCCAAGUGGGCAACCACUCUUGGUGGCUGAGAAAAAAAAUAAAGUGUGAUCCAACACACACUAUUCUGUAA